AUGAAGGCUUUCUGGGAGAAGACAAAGGAACAAGUUCAACUUGGAUUCAACUCUCUUGAACGUGCAACAGGCACAGCCAAGACAGAAGAGACAGAAAUCUUCACAAACACAUUCAACACAAUCAAGUCACACAAGGAGCGCCUUGAAGCCCUUAUGACUGACCUUAAGGCAUAUGGCAAGCACAUCAAAAAGUACGGUGAGGCUAGCAAGAACGUUUCAAUGAAGGUUGCUGUUCUCUUCCCAAUGGGUGAAGCCAAUCAGACAGCUUCUGCUACAAAUCUUCAGUGCAACACAAACCUUGCUACAGAGGCUACAAACCUUGCCGAUACAUACCUUGUCCAGCAUGUUAUCGAACAAGUCAAGGCCUUACUCGAAGAGAUCCGCCUUAUCAACCAGACAGAGGACAACAGAAACAAGUUCCACGUCCUCCUCAUCAACGCUGAGAAGGAAGUCAAGUCUCGCCAGGAGAAGGGCAAGCCAACAGCUGAAUACGAGACAAAGGCUGAAGAACACCGCAAGGAGUUCAUCAAGUACGAUCAGGAGUUCAUGGAGAAGGCUAACGCUUACAUCGCCAAGGCCCCAUCUGCUUAUGCUACAAUCUUCGAGGCUUAUCAGUACUACAACGCUGCCUUCGCUGCUGCCCACCAGAGACUCAUCAUCGAUGGCCAGAACUACAACCUCAGCACACUCGCUGCUAAGUAUCCAGACACAUCCAUCACACCAGCAGCUCCACAGCCAGCCCCAGCUAACUAA